AUGUCUAUAUCUAUUACGAGAUUUCCGGUUGAACUCCUUAAGCUAAUAACGACCAGUCUUUCCGACAAUGACCUCUGCAAUUUUGCUCUAACGUGUAGUAUCUUCCACGAUGCUGUUCACGGAGAUCAAGUUGUAUGGCGAAAUCGAUUUCUUAGUGUUUACGAUGAUCCCGUAAACAGAACCUCCUAUGACUGGAAAGCCACAUACCAGAAAAGACAGCGCCUGCACAAGAAAAUGGCGGGGCUAUCAUUCCGCAACGGCCAAUCGAAGGAAGAAUUAGAAGACUUAGAGAUUUUAUGGGACAUCUUGGUAGAUGCACGUGGCAAUAUCCCCGCCGAGGGGGAUCCGCUUGAUGCUCGCCCCAUUGUUGAAUCGACCGAAACUAGCCUUCAUAAAAGUCUCUUAGAUGCUAUCGCGAGGCUAUUCACAUGGCACAUACACCCAGAUUCUCCGAGUGAUUUGUUUCACCAGCGGACCUUAUUGACGCCAGGUGAAUUGCCGGGUUUUUGGCAGGGAAGGAUGGGAGAUGAGGGCAAGAUACCGAUGAAGUGGUUCGGAGCUUAUAUGUAUUCAAACCCAACUCGAAUCAUAACCUAUGAUGGCGAUGAACUCUCUUCCGACAGAUCUGACGGCUAUCUUGUUGAUAUGACGCUUACUAUUUCCCAGUCAGAAGCGGAAACGUCUGGGACUUCGACUACAGUAUUCACUGGCAUUGGGAAGGAUUUUGAUACCUUCACAAUCAAGUCUGGGGAGAUAACGCCGAUCCCAUCCCCACCUGGCCGGCUCUCCACAGUUAGUGGAUGGAAGAAGAUAGAAUUUACAAAGUCUUACACUCACCACGGAUGGUAUUAUUCGGGCAUUAUUCUUCCUGGGAAUAAUAUGAUUCUGGGUUAUUGGAUGAGAAGCAAGGAGGGACUCCUCACCAGGGGCACAUCGGGGCCGUUUAUUUUCUGGAGAGCCCCGGAGAGCAGUAGUUUGUUGAAUAGGGACAACAGGGUGUCAUUUGUCAGGGUGACGGCUUAA